AAGAACUGCUGCUAGUAGGCAAAAUCUGUUUACCUUCCGAUUGGAGUAUGUUACAUAUAUCUACUGAUUAUUGCUAAGAAUGUGUCGUUGUGAUUAGAUAAGAAAUUAGUGAUAAUUAGUCAAGAAUAUAUAUGUAUAAUCUUUAAAUAAGAGAAGUUAAUAUUAUUCUCUUGAGAUAGUCGACUGUGCCACAUAUCGCAAAACAAUCUUAAACGCACUAUAUAUGUGAAUACAUAAAGACUUCUAAAGAAAUUUAGACAAUUGUCUUCGGCAGUACACACGAAUAAUUCGCUGCAUUGACACGUUUAGGAUUUGAAAAGCAAAAAUAUAAGAAAAAAUUAAUAGCGUUUUUCGGAUAAUUUUAAUAAAAAUGUGUGUGAUAUUUUUUUACGUCAACUCAAAUCCAACCUCCGGUGGUUAUAAGCUUAUUCUAGCUUCAAAUCGGGAUGAAUAUUUCGCUAGAGAUACACAAGAUGCAGCAAAGUGGGCUAACGCCGAGCAUGUUUAUGGAGUAUGUUUUCUUUGUUUUGAAUUUUCGAAUUACAUAUCAGGCAUUGACCUCGAACCUGGACGUGAAGGUGGCACCUGGCUGGCUAUUGGUGGUCAUGGUGGUGUAUUUAAAAUAGGUGCACUGCUCAAUUUGACAGGCGAACCAAAACCAAGGAAUGCUGCGGCUACACACCAUAACAUAAUGCACUUCAAUUAUGACAACAAUAAGGCUGAUACAACAGGGAACAACACUCCUACAGUUAACAGACAAUUACCACUGAACAAUGAAAAUUUUUUGUUAGGCCGUGGCAUGAUCGUCUCAAAUUUUGUGUCUUCUACGGAUGAUUGCAAUAUAAAAACUUACAACGCUGAGCUAUUGGCCGAUUGCACCAAGUACAGCGCUUUCAAUUUUGUUUCAAUCGAAAUUGGUGAUGCGAAAAGACACGCUGCAAUAACGCUGUUAAGCAAUUCGCCGCCCACUUUGGAGCAUUUUGUUGAUGGCAAAUGUUAUGGCUUUGGCAACAGUUUGGAUGCCGUGCCCUUUCAGAAAGUCAUCCAUGGACGUCAACGUUUCCAAAACAUUGUUGAGAAUUUCAACAAAAAGCUGUCAAACGUGCCGUUGGAGAAUGCGCAAAUUCUACAAAAUGAAUUAGUGACAAAUUUAAAGAAUUUAUUAAAGUGCAAACAAAAGUUUUGGCCAGAUGCGGAAUUGAAACGACGUGCCCCCAAUUGGGGCGAACACUUGAGUGCGUUGAAUGUGAAUGUGCCGUUAGCGGACUACGGCAGUCGCACACACACCGUUAUACUGAUUGAUGAGCAUAAUAAAAUGCAUUUCUAUGAGGAAACAAUGGCUGGACUAAAUCCCGAGGGUGAAUGGCGACAAACACAUAUUGUAAAACAUUUCUUUCAAAUAUCUUAAGUUGACAACGCGAAAAGGUUACCUUGCUUUGGUGUGGUGCGCUGCUAAUUAGUUCUACGAAACUCAAUGCCUCUUAAUAUAAAUGUUUGUACUCAGGUGUAAUGACUAAAUUUUUUUGUAUAAGGAUCUAACAAAUAGUUGAUAAUAGAAUUGUGUACUUGUGCUUUCAUUGUAGUUAUUUAAAUAAUGAUUUAAAGUUUUAUUUUCUGCCACUGUUUUGAUUUAUAACUCUUACUAAUUAACAAGAUAAUUUUAUUUUACUUUAUAUAUAUACAUACAGUUAGUUUGCGGUUUAUUGCAUUACGUUUUAUUAUUUUAUUAUUUGUAAGACUUGGCGACUCUUUGUUUGACACCUUUCAGCGCGCCUUUGCGUGCACCGUUCACUAUGUUCUUAAACGUGCCUGCAUGUUUUGCGCGUUUUCUGUAAAACAUCAAAAAUAAAUAGCAAAUAAAUAAAAGUAUGUAAAACAAUGAAAUUUA